AUGCACCUGAUCCUUAUGAGCCUGGUGAUUGGGAACAGCCAGGGGUGCUACUGUGAACAUUACCCAUGGGGGUCGUGGUCUGCCUGUUCACAAACCUGCAAUUAUGGCACACAGACAAGGCACAGGCAAAUAAGAAUGGAUGAAUAUUAUAGGCAAAACUUCUGUGACAAACUGUGCACAAAGAAGGAGUCUCGUGCAUGUAACCAGCAAACGUGUCCUAUCAACUGCCAACUUGGAGACUUCGGCCCUUGGUCAGAAUGUGAUCCAUGCAUUAAAAAACAAUUUCGUGUCCGAACACUCCAGCGACCAUCCCAGUUCGGGGGUCAGGCCUGUACUGAGCCACUGGUGGAUUCCCGCCCGUGCUUUCCAACUAAGAUCUGCAACAUAGUGGAAGUUGAUUGCAGGAAUAAAUUUCAGUGCGAAAGUGGUCGCUGUAUAGCAAAAAAACUGGAAUGUAAUGGAGAAAAUGACUGUGGAGAUAACUCUGAUGAAAGAAAUUGUGGGAGAAAAAGGACUGUGUGUAACAGAAAGUAUGAGAGCAUCCCAGGUGUGCAGUUAAUGGGCAGUGGAUUUCACAUUCUGGCAGGAGAGAGCCGAGGGGAAGUCCUUGGCAAUGCAUUCAAUGGAGGACAAUGCACAACAGUGAAGCGCAACGAGACAAGGAAAUCAUACCGUGUUCCUGCGAACCUGGAGGCUGUCAGCUUUCAGGUAACAGAUGAAGAAGAUGAUGUAACAUCACAUUUCUACAACGAUUUAACUCCUCUGAGUGACAGUGCUCAUGAAAGCAGUUCAUCCUCUCGUGGUGCUAAAACAUCUUCUGGUAUCCCAUUUUUUUUCUCAAAAAAGGCACGGGUUGAAGUCACAUCAUCUUCUUCCUUCAGGAAAGCCAUUCAGGCCUCAAAAGAAAAGAAUUCCAACUUUAUUAGAGUCCACAAAGUCAUUUCUGUUGCAAACUUCACAAUGAAACAGUCAGAUCUGCAGCUCUCAGACAUCUUUCUAAAAGCACUUAACCACCUGCCCCUUGAAUACAACUAUGCUUUAUACAGCAGAAUAUUUGAUGACUUUGGCACUCAUUACUACACCUCUGGGAAGAUGGGUGGUUCCUAUGACAUACUUUAUCAGUACAACUCUGAGGAAUUAAAGAACUCAGGCCUGUCAGUGGAUGAAUCAAUGGAGUGUGUCCGAACAGAAACAACAAAGCGUGUGCUCUUCUUCAAGAAAAGGAAAGUCAGUACCAGAUGCACCAUGAACAGGAUGACUGUGAAACACGAAGGUUCCAUUUUGCAGUCAGCCGAACGGUCCGUCUCCCUGGUAAAAGGUGGCAGGUCAGAGUAUGCAGCAGCUCUGGCCUGGGAGAAAAAGGGGGCUUUUCCAGGACACACAGUCUUCACAAACUGGCUGGAAUCAACAAAGGACAAUCCUGUGGUGAUUGACUUUGAGGUGUCACCCAUCAUGGAUCUGGUGAAGAAUGUGCCUUGUGCUGUGACCAAGCGUCGCAACCUGCGGAGAGCCCUGAGGGAAUAUGUGGGCAGGUUUGACCCUUGCCAGUGUGCCCCGUGCCCCAACAAUGGCAGGCCCGUGCUUUCCGGGACGGAGUGCCUCUGCCUGUGCCAGGCUGGCACCUAUGGUGAAAACUGUGAGACACGAGCUCCAGGUUACGAAUCAGUUGCUGUCGAUGGCCGCUGGGGUUGCUGGUCUGAAUGGAGUUCAUGUGACACUUCCUUCAAAAGAAGAAGGACCCGGGAGUGUAAUAACCCCUCUCCAAUGAAUGGUGGGAAGCCCUGUGAAGGUGAACUGGAAGAAGAGGAGGACUGUAACAUCUCUGUGUUCAUGGACAGAGGUGCUCCUUGUAUAAAUGAUGAUGAAGUACGAAGAGAAGAGGAUGUCUUGAUUGGUGAACCUGAGACUGGAUGCUCCAGGCCAGAAGCACCAGAAAAUGGCUUUAUCAGGAAUGAAAAGAACCAGUAUGCUGUGGGAGAAGAAGCUGAAAUUGUCUGUGUGAGUGGUCAUGUCCUCAGUGGGUAUCAAUUUCUUCGGUGUCUGCCAGAUCAAACCUGGACACAGCAGCCUGUUGAAUGUCAACCCUCAAUAUGCCUCAGGCCACCAGCAUCUGACAGUGUUGCCAUUUCCCCAUUUAAGCAACAGUACAACACUGGUGAAACUGUGAAGCUGAGCUGCCCAUCUGGGUUUAUAAUAGCUGGUCCAACAGAGUAUACCUGUGGGAAAGACUUGUCCUGGGCACCUCCUAUUUUGAGAUCUAUUACAUGUGAAAAAGAUAUGCAAACUGAAAUUAGAGGUGUUUGUAAUCCAGGAGAAAAGCAGGUUGGAUCUCAGUGUGUUUGUAUGUCACCAGAAGAAGAUUGUGGACACUACUCGGAAGACAUCUGUGUGCUACAUGCUAUCUCUGAAAAGAAUGUGACCAAGCCCAGUUGUCAGUAUUCAGCUGAAGUGUGCCUAGGAGAGCAGUCAGUCCAUUUCUUGCAUGCUGGCCCUUGCCAUGUUGAUUCCAACCUAAACUGGGCUCUUGAACGGGUAAAGCUCUCUACAAAUAGCUUCAGGAAAGUGCCCUGUGGCUAUGACACCUGCUAUGACUGGGAGGAGUGCUCAGGAAGCCAGUGCUUCUGCCUGAUGCCUUACCAGUGCCCCAAAGAAGAAACCAGACCUCACUGCAUCCAAAUGGAGUCAACAGGGAGGAAGAGGACAGUCAGCCACUGCACUCUGGGAGCAAUGAAGUGUGCUGGUAUCAAACUGAAGGUGCUGGAGCAGAGCAGCUGCCUGGUGUAA